AUGGAUGACAAGAUGCGGGAAGUGAGGCUCAUGGUUCGGGCACGUACAAAGGAGGAGCCCAGAUGCCCCGGUAAGGAGGUGCGAGCGGUUGGCGUUGGUGGGUAUGAGGAGAGAUACGAUGAUUGGAGCUCUGUUGAUGUUACAGCGGCUUACAGCAUUAGCACAUUAUCAUUCGUGGUUCAAUUGUUGGGUGCUUGCAGGCCUCAGGUAACAAUUGCCACUGCAAUAAUAUUUUGUCAUCGGUUCUUUCUUCGGCAAUCUCAUACCAGGAAUGAUAGGAGGAGCAUUGCCACAGUAUGCAUGUUCCUCGCAGGAAAGGUUGAAGAAACUCCUCGUCCCCUGAAAGAUGUUAUACUUGUUUCUUAUGAGAUCAUUCAUAAGAAGGAUGCUGCAGCAGCGCAGAGGAUUAAGCAAAAGGAAGUAUACGAACACCAAAAAGAACUACUUCUGCAGGGAGAGAGGGUUGUUCUUGCGACUCUUGGUUUUGAUCUUAAUGUACAUCAUCCAUAUAAACCCCUUGUUGAGGCGAUAAAGAAAUUCAAGGUUGCUCAGAACGCCCUAGCUCAAGUUGCAUGGAACUUUGUGAAUGAUGGGCUUCGGACGUCCUUAUGCUUGCAA